CGUCAACUGUACUGGACUGAAAGAUGGAAACGACUUCCGCUUCUCAAGGCUUCCAAAGCAUCCUUUCGCACAAGAUCACCUGCAACUUCUCAUUCAUCAGGUGUGCAUCCCUUCUGGCGUCGACUGCAGCAGCUGAAGCAUGGUGGCGCCUCCACAGUCCCCGUCAGCCGCAUCCACUGUACGCCACACACACACGCACAAACAGCUGGCAUGACAUCGGUCAUUGACUCUUGUGCUUCGCUUGGCUGCUGCGUGUUUGUUUGUCAGGUGUGCUCUGUCAAUGAAACCCCGUCGAAGGCAUUGUCAUCGUCUGAGAGGGCGCGUGAGCUGCGCCGCGUGGCGAUGCAGCAGUGCCUCUCCCUCUCUCUGCUGAUGCUCUUCACCGUCUUCUUGUUAAUCGCGCUCGUUGGUGUCAUCUUCUAUGUCUUCGGACUGGGUGAGUGGGUGUGAACAGCCAGCCAGCAAAAGAUGGAGGGCGGCAGGGAUGCCCACCCAGUGCACUGCAUUCAUGUGUUUGUGGUUGAUGCGGUCGGUGUCUGUUGUAUGCAGUGCCGUCUUCGUAUGGUGGUACUGUCGAGUACCGAUAUGAUGUCGAGCCCGUUACCACCAACACAUGUACGCUCGCACACCACAGAGAGGAACACCAGGGUGCUUCAAUCAUGCCCUGUCUGAUGUCUGUCUGUGUGUCUGCAGAUGCCCCCCCUCCCACCAGCAGCAGCACCAAGAGUAGCAGCAACCCCACUUCUCUCAGCACCGAUGACGGAUCCGCACACACCACUCCAUCAGAGGACCCUUCAGCGUCACCAUCAGCAUCGGCUGCAGAGCUCGAGCCCCUCGCAGCAUCGCCGCCGUUCGAGCCGGGGCCCGUCCUCAUCGACCAGACGAACACUGACGCCACCGCAGACAGCAAGGGCUCGGACGAAAAGACACCUUCACCAGCACCAGCUGCUGCAGCUGCUGCGUCAGGGAAUGUCCGUCGCCUCCUACGCGGCGGCAGUGGUCGGUCACUGAUAGACGUGAAUGUGCUCCCCGGUGGCUCCCCAGCAGUGCCAGGGUAUCCACGUGGCGCGCAGUUCCCCUACGACUACCCGAGUGGCCUGGGGAUUGACGCGAGUGAGGGCACCUUCUACCACUGCGGGAGCGGAGAGGCGAUGGCCCGCAACUGUGAGCACAUAGCGGGGGAGUAUAAUAUCUGCAGAUGCUGGUAGACAUCCGUUCGUGUGGCCGGCGGGCGGGGGAGGGAGGGAGGGAGGGAGGGAGGUGGUCUCGGUUGUGUUUUGUAUGUGUCUAUAGAUGGAUGGGGUGGGCGAAUGAGUGGGGUGGGUCGAUGUGGAUAUGUUCUUUGAAGCGUUUCAUGUGUGUGUGGUGUGUGAGUUGGUUAUUUGUGGCAUGGCAUGCAUGUGUUGUUUCAUCCGUGGGGGCAUCGCAUCCCAGGGGUCGGCUCCUCCUUGCAUCUUUUGUUUGUCAAGUACGUUCGUGUGAGAGAGUGCGAGAAGGAGCUGUGCUCCGUUGGUGUGGUUUCUGUGAAUGUAUAAUAUGGAUAGCAACUAGCGAUGACUGUUGUGUAUGUAUGUAUGUGUCAAGGAGACGCACGCACUCUGCUGUGGCUGUCUCUCUGUGUGUGUCAAACUGUGUGUGGACGUCCGUCUGUGCCAGCUUGAACGGACUGGUCGGUAGAUAGAUGUGCUCUUAACCAACCCAUCUGUCAGGA